UGGUUUUGGAAUCUUCGAUCCUUUUAAUUGCUUAGGAGUAUAAAACAGUAAAGCAUUUCUUGGUACGGAUAAUCAUCAAUUCAUUAUGAAGCUCAACACAACUGUAUUUUUCUUGUGUGUUUUACACUGUAUGUGCGCACUUUCAACAACCGAUAAGAUGAAACAGAAUGAUGAGAUAGCCGACAUAAAAAACAGACUAGGACACCUUGAACAGGUGAUUGGACAACUGGUCACCGGUAAUUCAUCUUUGGAUGUUCUAAAAUUUCUUGCGUCCACAGGAAGAAACGAGCACGUUUCCUUCUCGGCCUACAAGAACCAAACCCAGUCUGGACUGAACCAGAGACACAUCAUCAAGUUUGAGAAGACGAUACUGAACCUGGGAAAUCACUACCACCCAGAGGACGGGAUAUUUAUCGCCCCGGUGUCAGGUGUAUACCUCUUCCACUGGACCAUGAUUAACUAUGGAGAUUAUGCACAUACAAACAUUUUGGUAGGAGGUAAAGUUAUGUCUACCACUACCACCUCGGUGGUAUCUGGACAUUAUAAUUCCGGAUCCGCUUUGGUGAUUGUUCAUGUUCAGAAGGGGGAGCAUGUUUGGAUACAGAUCUGCUGUGGUUCUGGACAUGAAGUGUACGGAACUACCCUGGGACUGGACAACAAUUUCCAGUCUACUUUUUCGGGGACGUUACUCUUUCCAGUUUCAGAAAAUUAAAGAUGUGUGUGAAACACAUACACACACGCGAUUUCUUUAACAAAUUGACAUACCUUAUUAAAGACUAGUGUAGAAACUGAGCGAAAGAAAUACUCAUUUUAUCAUGUUAAAUAUAAUUUUUGAAUACUA